GUAUCAAAACGCGAUGACAGUUUCGUAAUUUUUAGAAUACUAUAUGUCUUGGUUGUCAAGCAACCGAUGUCUAAAGAGAAUACUGCCUCAUUUGGCAGGGUGAACUGAGGCAUAAACCCCACAGAUACUACACUAAUUAGACCUUUCACUCAAUGACAAAGAUACUGUCUCGGUUGGUAGGAUGAAUCGAGACAUAUAAGCCUUUCUAAUAAGUGAAAGAGGAAAUUUUUCCCUAAAUGCCUCAUUCAAGUCAAGAAAACCUAGCACCUCUACUCUUCUCUAUUUCUCGACAAUGCUGCGAUGGCAGUGAGAGUAUGCGAUGGUGCGGCGAGAGAGCAACGACGAUGCUGCGAUGGUAGUGAGAGCUCGCGAAGGUGCAGUGAGAGAGCAGCGAGAGUGCAGCAACGGUGUGGCUAGGGCGUAGUCGGUGGAGCAGCAAUGGCACGACUUAGGGAGGCGUUCUUCCUUUCAUUUUCGUUGGGCUUGGCGGAGUUUCGCGAGAUCGGGAGGAAACUCUUUUCUCAUGGCUCAACGAGGACGCGACGGCAUGGUGGUGGUUAAGCGCUAGAUCUGCGUUUCUCUUCCUUGGGUUUUUGGUUUUGUUUCUCUGCAGGUGGAUGACGAAAUGGAUAGUGUUUGCAGUUUGGAUUCGCCUCUCGAAUUGGGGUUCUGCUUCUUAGUUUUCUCUACGACUUUUGAUUGCUCACUGGGAAAGGUCUUGGGGUGGAUGAUGAUGAUUGUGGUUGAAAAUCUGGGUUGUUAGUGUAGGUUGGAGUUUGGGUGCCACCAUGAUACUGAUUCGUGAUAAUCAGAGGAAAGGUAGUGAAAACGCACUGAUGGGUAGUGUUAGUCCGAACCCGUUAUUUCAGAGUGAGUCUUUCGGGCAUUACUACCCUGACGCUGAGCACAACUAUACUAUGAUGGAGAAGAGUCAACUAUUCUUGAGAAGCUAUCGAUUCUGUCAAAAUAAGAGUCUGGAAGAGAGUGUGAAAGGCUCUUUGGUUCGUGUCAAGAAGGUUUUGUGGCUAAGGCUGCGAUCUGCUAAGAAACUCAGGAGGUUGGUGGUUUCAAGAAUCAGAAUAAAAUGCGGCUUCUAUUAUCGUAGGAGAAGGUUUUCACACCUUCUCAAUGCCCACAACCGCAAAAUCGACUCUUCCUCUUGUUUCUGGUAGUAGCGCCAUUGUUCAUCCACUCACCACAAUUGAGGAAAAAAACACACAAAAAAAUGUUUUCAUUUCAUGAUUCAUCAGUUACUACGUGUAGUCUUUUAUCGUGUAUUACAAAGACA